AUGUCAACAAUCAAGAAGGAUGGGGGCAAGAUUUUGCCGGACAAUGGCCCGGUGGAUUUGACUUACGACCGGGAGCAGCAAAUUUAUGAAAGUGGUGUUGAGAAGUUCAAUCAACUAGGAUGGAAGCGCCUCACGAUCGUUCUGAUCGUAGAGGCCGUGGCACUCGGAACUCUCUCCAUCCCAUCGACCUUCGCAACUCUCGGCAUGGUCGCAGGUGUCAUCUGCUGUGUCGGUAUCGGUCUCAUCGCGGUCUACACCAGUUACAUCAUCGGUCAGGUCAAGGUCAAAUUCCCCCAGAUCUCGAACUACCCGGAGGCAGGCAGAAUGAUGUUCGGCCGCUGGGGAUAUGAAAUCGUCUUCGUCAUGUUGUGCUUGGAGCUGUUGUUGUCCGCCGGGUCGCACUGUCUCACCGGUAAAAUCGCAUUCGAGAACAUCGUCGGAGGCCACAUCAUGUGCUCCGUCAUUUGGGCCUUUAUCUCCGCCAUCAUCUUGUUGCUCCUUGCGAUCCCCCCGAGCUUUUCCGAUAUGGCCAUCCUAGGAUAUAUCGACUUCGUCUCGAUCAUCAUCGCGGUCGGAAUCACAAUCAUCGGAACCGGUGUGGAGGCCAGUUCAUCGACUGGCCUGGCAGCCGUGAAUUGGUCAGCCUGGCCAAAGGAUAACCUUACCUUUGCCGAAGCAUUCAUCGCCCUCUCCAAUAUCAUUUUCGCCUACAGUUUCGCGCUAUGCCAAUUCUCCUUUAUGGAUGAAAUGCACACGCCUACUGACUUCCCGAAGUCCGUUUGGGCUCUCGGUCUCGCGGAAAUCGGUAUCUACACUAUUACUGGUGCAUUGGUGUACGCCUUCGUUGGUCAAGAUGUUGCAAGCCCGGCUCUGCUUUCUGCUGGUAACCUUCUGAGUCGUGUUGCGUUCGGCAUUGCACUCCCGGUUAUCUUCAUCAGUGGCUCUAUCAAUACGGUGGUGCUGGGUCGACUCGUCCACGGUCGUAUGUUCAAGGACUCCAACAUCCGCUUCAUCAACACGAAACUUGGAUGGGGUACCUGGCUUGCCGUUGUCACAGUUUUGACCAUCCUGGAGUUCAUCGUGGCCGAGGUCAUUCCAUUCUUCGACGAUCUCUUGUCCUUGAUUUCGUCACUCUUCAUCUCUGGCUUCACGUUCUAUUUCCCGGCUAUCAUGUGGUUUAUGUUCAUCCGCGGUGAUAGCACCUCCAAGGGCAUUAAGUUGCUUCUUGACGUGGUGAACGCCUGUAUCCUGGUUAUUGGCCUGAUCGUCCUCGGUGCUGGAACAUACUCCAGCGUUGUUGAUAUUAUUAACUCCUAUGCCGAAGGUUCUGUUGGGGGAGUGUUUUCCUGCACGUCAUGA